AUGAGCGAGAACGCCGCUGCUGGGCUGGCAGCAACGAGCCCAGGCGGAGGACCACCGCCACUGCCACCAUCGCAGUCCCAACAACAGCAACAACAGCAGCAACAACUACAGCAACAGCAACAGCAACAGCUACAGCAGCAGGUGGCGUCGCCGAGGGGCGUCAUUGCUCGUCUCCGCCAUAGUCUGUUUGGCUCGCCGUCCUCGGCAAGCACAUCUGCUGCUGCUGCUGCAUUGCCACAGUCACAACAGCACGGCGCGAAUGCUGCUGCAGCAGCGUCGAUGCAGUCGCCAUCGGCAGCAGCGGGACAGUCAGCCGCCAUCGGCUCGGCCUCCACUCUCAACAACAGCAGCACGACAAGCCAGCCACCAUCAGCAGCAGCAGCAUCCAAUGCAAGUGCUACAGCUACAACAGCUGCUGCAAUGAUGUCCAUGAUGAUGAUGAUGAACCCGACACAACAGCCGGCGGCAGGCCAGCUGGCCAUCGAGGACGAGCUCGAACUCGGGGAACUCGUGCAGGAGAUACUCUCGCUCAAGGCGCUGCCGCAGGGCAGCUCGCAGCGCACCAAGGCCAUGCGCGAUGUGUGUGAAAUUGUGCGACAGUAUCGCUUCAAGGACACGAUGGCCGGCGUUGUGUGGAGCGCAGGCAAGCACGUUCUGGACGAGUCGCCGACAGUCGAGUCCCGCCAGAUGCUGUUCACGUUCAUGAGUGCGCUCAUCGAUGGUCAGUAUGACCGGCUUGGCAUGCUGCGAAGUGCCCUGUUUGCGACUGUUGAGGCCAGCGGACCGUCGCGGCCGACCGACGCCGACUUUGCCGCAAAGCUGGACGCCGUCCGCCGUCUGACCCGAGGUGGCCGCGAUUUGACGUACAUUGAGGGUCGUAUCGGCCCUUUCGUCCUUUCUCUGAUGGCGCACCAGGCGCGAGCCAAGCAGUUGAACGGCGCCGCUAUGGCUCUCGUGAUUGGCGUUGCUCGGCACAACAUUGCCGCCCUCGACGACAGCGUUGCCCUCGGCGUUGUGCGCUACACCUGCAGUCUCUGCAACUCCCUCUCCUCGCCAGACGACAUUCAAAGCUGCCUGUCGGUUCUAGAUUGGUUUAUUCGCAGCGGAGCCAUUCCUGUUCCCUGCCUGACGCAGACGAUCGCCGUGCUCUGCCGCACCGUCAAUAUCGAAGUCGUGUCGCAGACGUCCUGGCAGAGCAUGCGGAAUCUGCUCAAAUCAGCCAUUGGGUACAAUGUCCUUCGCACAAUGUGUUUGAUGCUUGAAGAGCAGCCUCCUCAGCGGCCACCCACCGACUUGCUGCGAGGCGCCGUCUUCUUCCUCGGAAUGGCUACAUGGGGCUCACAGCGUGUCCAAAGCCUGCGGCACUCGUUCACCACCGUGCUGCCCGCAUUUGUGGCGGUAUUGACAAGCAAGCAGUUGGUGGUUGCAUACGAAGUGACACUGUCGCUUUCGCGCCUGCUCAAAAAGUACGGCGCAGAGCUUGAUCCAGUCGAGUGGGAAUUGGCGUUGGAUGUGCUGGACAGUUUGAGCGUAUAUGUCGAUGGAAUGCUCGACCUGCUGCCACAAGUCCGGCGGCGAUCGGCGAGCGAUGUUGUUGAAGAGAUUUUGCCACCCACUCUGUCUGCAUCAGCCUCGACAACCCCCGCUUCUUCCAGGCCGUCCUCCCCAACACACUUGCGGAGAAAGCAUCUUUCGGAUCCAGCAGGAGGUCAUGCAGCCUCCGCCAAUAAUCAGUCGCCCGCAGCAGCAGCAGCAGCAGCAGCGGCGGCAAGUGGUCGUGCAUCUCAAAAGUCUUCCACGCGAGAUUCGGCAACGCUGGACGCUGCCACAUCGCUGCCCUCCAUCACGAGUCUUGCCGCUGCUCUCAAUCAAGCACCAUCCCAGCAGCAGCGUCCCGGCUCUCCACCCGCCUCAACACACGCGUCAGCGCCUCGCGAUGAGACCGCCAUCGCGAAAACGUCCGUCUUUUUCACGGGCAAGGAUGCUGUCAGCGACGCUCGAGCAUUCUUCGGUGCCGUCAAGACCUGCUUGCAGCUGCUGGAAAUGCUGUACCUCACGGGUCGCUAUGCAGGCGCGAUUCAGCGGUACUUUGAAACGGCGGAGCGCUUCCGCCACUUCCGAUCGGAAGCAACCAUGAUUGCCCUGUUGGCAAGCAAGGUGGCCAUGCUCCAUCCGGCAUACUCGUCAAACUGGCUCGAUUCGACGCGCAACAUGAUGCGACUCUUCUUUGACAGCGAGCGACGCACGCGGAUUCGCACCAAGGCGUUGGCCAUUUUGAGCAACGUCGUGACGGCGACGCGGUUUCUGUAUGAGCGCGAGAUUGUUGCUGAAGUCGUCCUGCCAUCCCUUCGCAGCGUCCCUGACGAUCGAGAUCCGAUCGUUCGCAAGAUGGGUAUUGAAGUCGUGAUUGAUCUCGCCACCAGCUGCAACUCGGAGAGCUUUGAAGGCCUCAUUUCGAUCAUUGAACGUGCAGCGCUGAGCAAAGAAGUGAAUGCAGAUCCCGAAGAACUACAAGACUAUGACGACGACGAUCUGUUGAUUCGGGAUGGGGCCGCACCACCACCACCAACGCAGCAGCCGAGUCAGCAGGCUCCAGCCCAUCAGCAGCUUUCGGGCGUAGAGCCAUCCAAUGCUGUGGCUCCCGAGAAAUCAUCGACGACGUCGUCGACCAUCACCACCCGUCCGCGUCGUCCAACCUUACGAAUCAGCAUUGGCAUUGCCAAUCUGGAUUUCGACGACGAUGACGACGAGGAUGACGACGAGGCCAGCCACGCUUCUCUGGCAGUAAAUCCCAGCAUUGCCAAUCGUAACAAGCUCGCCGUUGGCUUUUAUGGCGGCGCCGAAUCCAACUCGUUACAAGGGACGAGCAGUAGCGCAACCACCUCCGCAGCCCCUACUGCUGCUGCUGCUGCCCUACAAAUGCCCUCAACCGCGACUGCUGUCGUCUCGUCUCCUCUGCGGAAUCUAUCACACCAGAGCUCUGGCGUCUUGUCUGUUGCCGGUGGGUCGAAUGCCGCAGGAUCGAAUGCCAGCACUGUCGACGCUUCCCAUCCGCAUCCUUCGAGCGGCCAAGCCUCGACACUCACCUCUGUGCCAUUCAACUCUGCCGCAUCGACGCUGGCUGCCACGGGAGUCACCACAUCCUCGACCUCGACCAAGACACGCCCCACUGCGCCCGUGUCAUCUGCCCUCUUGGCGGCAACGGGUGCCGUGUCCAUUUUCCGGGAAGCGCUCUACAAGCAACCCGUGGCCCACAUUUCGCGAACGUUCCAGGUCUUGCUCAAAACCUUGCAUGCUCACAGCAAGGUUCCUGCCGUUCCUCUUCAGGGCGCUCGGGUCGCGGCCUCCCAAGGUGGCGCAGCUUCGACGGCAAGCUUGCAGAUUAGUGAAGCCAUUCGCGAACAGCUGUACUCGUGUCUGCUCUCGCUUCGUGCCGAUGCAAACAACUUUAUCUACCUGCUGGACGACACGCUUCCCAAGCCCAGCCCUUAUGCAGUGUGCCACGCGCCCGAUUUGCAUCCGUCAGCGACGAGUCCACGCACUGACAUUUCCCCCGCUUUUCAACAAGGACCAGCACCAGGACAAGCGCAGCAACAGCAGCAGCAUCCUUCACAUCCUUCAUCUCAGGCCGCCAGUGCCCAGCCCAAGCCAGCAUUGUCGCAGAUUCUGCUCUUGUCGCCCGUCUUGACUGGCGAGCACCCACCACUGUCGCCCACCGAAUCAUCUCAGCUACUAUCACCUCAGCAUCACCCCCAUCACCAUCACCAGCAACAACAGCAGAGUUCGGACGGCCCGGUCGUCUUGCCCAUGGGCGAAGUUUUCUCCUUGCUCAUGGAGGGAUUGGUUCGAGAAGCCCGGCAUGCUGCCUAUGUGAAGAUUUUGAGUGGGUUGCUCGAAAUGCUCUACAACAAGCGUAUCUUUGCCGCUGAAUCGGUCGACGUGUCCGUCCUCUCCACGUUUUUGCUCGAGACAAUUCGCUCGCCCAACGCGUUGCCAUUGAAGGAUUUGGCCCUCGUCGAGCGCCCUGCCCUUGCUGCAAUGCACGUGCUCACCUAUCGCGUUCUUGCUGCGCUGAUUGCGUACAAGUCCAAGCUCGCAAAGUUUCAGCGCGACGAGCUCGUCGCCUGCUUUGAACGCGGACUCAGCUCUCCCUGGGACGGCGUGCCGGCGCAAUGCGUGUAUGCACUGCUGCUGUGCUGUCUCGAACUCUCGUACGCCGUGCCUCGCCAGCUGCCGACUGUAUUGUCGCGCCUGUCACAAGUGUCGAGCGCUCCUCGCAUGAGCAUUCCCAUUCUCGAGUUUCUCUCGGGCUUGGUACGGCUGCCUCACCUCUGUGCCAAUUUCAUUGAGGACGAUUACAAGUAUGUGUUUGCAAUCUGCCUCAAGUACACCGAGACCAAGCGCUAUGGCGCGCAUAUUUGCGCCCUUGCACACCAUAUCAUCAUUGCUUGGUUUUUGCGCUGUCGGCUCAAAGACCGCAAGCGCUACGUUCCCUUCAUUGUCAAGGGCUUGCCUGAAAGCUCCGCCGCAACCACCUCAGGAACCGCUGCAGGGAUUGCAGCUGCUACUACUACUACAACUACAACGACAACUGCUUCAUUGCAAGAUGAAAACGUAGAGACGUUGCUCGACAUGCUUGCGCGCUUUGCUCAUUCCAACUGCUCGUCAUUGCCCGCGGAACGCUCUGCCGUUUCUCGCGCGCUGUUGGCGGACGCCAUCACGCGGCACUGGCUGAUUGGGCACACCGUCAUGACCGUGUGUGCGUCGCCAACAACCUCGUGGGCCGAAGUCACCGUGCGAAAAGCCACCGGCACCGUCUCCUGGAUGCUGCGGCUCCAAAACCGCCAGUACAACAACGAGGACAACUUUUUCGCCUCGCCUUCCGUCCUGGGCAUUGCCGCGCAGCUCGGCUACGCCUCCUCGGGCGUCAACACGGACCGGCUCUACAACAGCCUGCUGACCGACUUGUAUGGCAUCGCCGGUGAGUCCGACGGCAGCAUGAGCGAUUGGACAUUUGCCGGCGAGUCUCAGCCUGCCUCCCCGACGGCGCCACAGCCGCACCCAUUGCUCCUGUCGAACGAGUAUCAGAACAGCUCCGACGCCGAUCUGCAGCAGAACGCGCCGCUUCAUAGUCUGUCGGACGAUCGAGAUCGGUUCAAGUACAAGUCCGUGGUGGAUGUCGUGCGACACGCUCGGCUAGCGUUGGCCAGCGCUGCCUGGCAUGUUCGGCCUCGCCCGCUUGCCACCAGCAGCCUCCCAGCAUCUUUACUCCAGCCUGCAGGCACCUCAGUCGCUGUUAUUCCUUCGGACAACCUCUCGCAUGCGCCGGCCUCUUCUCAGCCCCAGACCAUCCUGGCGAGUAUGAGCGCAACAACGGCCAUUCCAGCGCUCCCGCGAGUUGCAGCAUCGCCCUCUACGUCCUCCGUCAGCUCGGGCACGACCACACCAACCGACGCCCAGUCCGCCCAAUCCUCCUCGCAGCACCAACGACUCGGCACCUUGCUGGCCACGUACGCCGCCAACACGGAAACGAUUGCCGAAGUGAAGGAAGACGAUGAAAUUUCCCUGGCAUCCCAGCACCUUGAACUGCUUCCCCCUGUGGACGGUGCAACACCCGCCACCACGGCUCCUGUAUUGCUGGUGCCGGCUGAAACGGCCGCAUCGUCGCUUCUUCCUCAGUUGGAUGUGACUGCCUCGUUACAAGACAGUCUCGAGCAUCCCCCGCAGCUCCCAGAGCCGUCGCACUCGUUGGGGCUUUCUGCGUCCGAAACCAUCCCCCGACCACUGGCAGGAGUGGCCUCCUCUCCUCCGCAGCUCAAUCUGUUUACGAUGGCAGACACGCCGCAUGGUGAGCGAGACGACUCGCCAUUCCUGUGCCACCAGCAGCCAUGGGCGAAUUUGGGCCGAAACUCGACAACCUCGCUCUUCCAGCCGUUCUCGGCACCUGAGACGCCAUCAGAGUUUUCUUCACACUCGUUCCCGCAAUUGCCGCACAUCCGCUCGUCCACCUCUUUGGUGGAUGAUUUCAAUGAGCUUCGCGGGAGCGAAUCCGUCCCAGCCGCCUCCUUCUCCCACGAAAGCUUGCUCCCUGUGCAAUCUGGGCUGAGCGAGCUUGGGGACGGUGGCUUUUCCGGAAACGCGCGAGGCAGCUUGGGCGGGCUGACCAGCAGUGCGCCGGCGAUGGCCCUUUUCGGCUCCCGUCCCAUUCGCUUUGGAGGAAGCCAGCCUGCCAUGUCCUUUGCUAUCGAUGGCAGUCCGAUUUCCGGCUCGGGCUUUACUGGAGACGAGACGGCUGGGAGCAGUGGCAGCGGAAGCACGCAUCUCUUGUCCAGCUCGCUGUCCCAGCGCCCGCACAUUGUCGAGCUGCUCAAUUCGCUGGCAACACCGACGCGCAAGUCCUCUCGCCACCGCCGGCAUCGCUCGCUGUCAGUGUCGCGCUCGUCGCACUCCCGAGGCAGCUCGGCCACGUCCCCUCCAACGGAUGAAACCGACGACUUUGGCGUGCCAACCCGCGACACCAGCAGGCAGCUGCUGCGAAACAACGACGGAGAGAGCACGGACGGCUUCCAGCCGGCGCCCACUCGCUCGCGUCGCAAACGAGCGUCCGUGUCUGUGAGCUCUGUCGGCUCACUUGAGGACCGUGCAUCCUGGUCUGGCUCAUUCGCGUUGCAAAAUCCUGCUGCUCGUGACCCCCUGCACACCGAUUCCGCAAACGCGGCACUGAUUUCGGACGCCAAGCCGAGCUCUCGUCGCCGAAAGUCUCGCACCAAACAGCACGGCGCCGCUCCUGCCGCCACCCUUCGCUCGCGUGAUGCCAGUGUUCAAGUUCCUCCACCAUCCUCGUCCUCUGCCCCGCGGUCCCUCCGACCCGACCCUGCAGGCUCCGCAGCUGUUCGAAGCAACAGCAGCGGCAGCACGGGAGCCCGCGACACCAACGAGCAACCGCACGAGCCGGCAAAAGCCGCCAAGCCGACUGGCAUGCUCAUUCCUUCGUCCCACGCAACGCCAAAGCACGACUCGCGUGUCAGCUCCACGCGUCGCUCGUCGCGAAAGACUUCGCGGCGCCAUCGGCUUGCCUCCAGCAACCCCGAGACAGACGCCAGUGUAUUUGUCCUUCACGAUCACUCGGACGACGACGACGAAGUUGAGGACGGCAGCUCCUCGGACGAUGCCGCCGACCACGCCGAUGACAUGGCGCGGAGCAACUCUCCCUCUACCAGCGUGGGAAGUCGUCAGAACGUGCCGAGCAGCGGAAAUCUGUCCGACUCUCCGCAUUCGUACCGCUUGAUGGCCGCCGACAGCUACGGCGAUCACGAUCUGCUGGGCUUGUCCCAUUCUUUCGGACCGCUGUCGUACGCGGCUGUGGCGGGCCGACGUGAUCGUCGGACCAGCGAGGCCGGCCUGGCGAACAGCGGCGGUCUUGGUCUUGAUGCGUCGUCCUUCGGCACCUCGCCGACCAUGCACAACAUUCCGCUCAUGCCCUAUGACGACGAUGAUACGGUCAAUGCAGCAGAUGCCGCACCCAGCGGCCCACCCCUGCCGACUGUUAGCUCAGUCACCACCAUGACAGUCACAUCGGCUGCCGCAGCAGGGUCGGACACGGCGGCAGUCUCAUCCGCCGUCUCGGACGCGGAGCUUGCUUCUGUCAAGAGGACUGCAUCGGCGGCGGAGAAGGACGCCACAUCCUCACCAAGCACCACCAGCAGCACCACCAGCAGCAGCGGAAAUUCUGCAACUGACCCGGCGUUCGCUCAACGCCCGUCCACACGUUUGAGAACCAUAUCCAUGCCUGCUACCCCGUCUGUCGCUGCUGCCGAAGCUUUGGCCAUGCACGUGUCUGCUCCUCUUCCAAGUACAGAAAUCAGUCCUGCAAGCUUGUCGCAUGCCGUGUCGACAGAGACGAUUACGUCGGCUACCGUUCGCCAGCAGCAGCAGCAGCAGCAGCAGCAGUCACACCAGCAGCACCCUACUACUGCCGCUCCAGCCACUGCAACAUUCUUGCUCUCACGUAUGCGAAGGGCUGGCAGCGACAACAAGUCGCGCUCCGUGAGCGUCACUGGCACUCCCGCCACUGGGUUUAUCGGCUCAGCGCAUCCGCAGGCAGAGACGGCUGGAGGCUCGUCCACGUCCUCGUCGUCUGCAGCUGCAUCCUCUCCGAACGUGAGCUCGACAGCGCUCGCCGUCGCUCAGCCUACAGGGCCUAGCACCGCCGCCACAACUGCUGCAGCAUCUGUCGGCACCACUUUGGCAUCAGCACCUGCUCCCGCGGCAACCUCGUCCCUCGUGGUGGGUACAUCCGGACAACAACUUCCCGCGGCUGGCCCACAAGCGCCAUUGACCAUGCUGCGGUCUCCUCUGCUGGUCGGUACCGUUCCCGCCCACGCUGGACACCCGCCGCCGGCUGCUCUCGAUUUGCCAUCGGUCCUUGCCGGCGCGCCUGCGGCAACUGCUGCGCAUCCGCUUCUCACGACUCCUGCCGCCCUCGACAACCUUGUAUUCCCGAGCUUUAUCUUUUUGCAGCUGGAGCCAUUCACGUCGCUCAAGGAUCGCCCGCAAGCUCUCCCGGCAGGAGAAGCAGUUGACCGCGCUCUAGGCGUGCUCGAUCGCAUCCAUCCGUACGACAUGCACAAAAUUGGUGUCGUGUACAUUGCUCGCAACCAGCCGCACGUGGAGGCGGACAUUCUCUCGAACGCUUUCGGAACUCAGCGCUACCGCAACUUUUUGUCUGGCCUCGGUCGGCUCAUUCGACUUCGGGGAGCUGACGUCUACACAGGAGGUCUUGACCGCUCGAAUGACAUUGACGGCGAGUUUUCCUACAUGUGGCAAGAUGAUUUAACUCAGCUCAUCUUCCAUGUGGCGACGCUGAUGCCCAAUCGAGAAACCGACCCACUGCGUCAGGCGAAGAAACUCCAUAUUGGCAACGAUUUCAUCACGAUUGUUUACAACAACUCUGGUCUGCCUUACAAGUUUGGGGCUGUUAAGGGCCAAUUCAACUAUAUUGAAGUUGUUGUUGAACCUGUGGAUGAGUUUACCAAUUUGGUUCGAUGCAUGUCGGAGCCAGCCAAUGAGGACUUGCUCCCCUUCCCAGACCCUUGCCUGGUGGCAGACUCGUCGUUGGGCGGCUUUGUCCGUCAAAUGGCCUUGCACGCGAACUUUGCCUGCCUCAUGCGGCUGAACAAGCCUGGAAUGGAGUACGCUUCCAAUUGGCAAGAGCGACUUCGUCAAAUCAAGCGCAUGAAGGACCGGUUUGGCGGCGCUGCCGCUUCUUCCGCCUCCUCUGCUGGAGCCCGUGGAGCAACCACCUCCAACUCGACCAGCACCAACACCAACACCAAUAACACUGCAACAUGGUACAGCGGUCGUCCCGAGGAUUUCACCGACUUUGCACACGGGUGAAAAGCCGAGCCAUCUUUCCAUCUUUUCUUGUACUGUAUUUUUUCUUACAACCGUGCUUUUUAACAAUUUUGUGUCUUUGGUAAAUCAUUA